CCAGACCUUUGGCCGCCAAGGCACUCAGACUCAGCUUCAUUUUCCUCCUUCCAAGCUCCAAGUCCAAGCACCAACUGCCAUUGUGUGCACUGCUUAGCUCCAGUCUGUUGCCUGGGUGGCCUGCAUCUAAUAAGCUGCACACACAUGGCGGCUCAGAUGUGGAACCUGCAGGGCGAGGAUGGUGGGCGUGCCAUGGGAGAGAGCUACCACGCCGGCCUCGGCCAGGCCACGGACCUGUCCGAGGCCGAGGGGGCGCUCCUGAUGGAGCUGAUGGAGGACUUGCCGCCCUCGGAUGCGCUAGACGGUGACGUGGACCGGCUGAGCCACGUCAUCCGGUCCCUCGAGGCGGAGAUCGGCGGCGGUGGCGACGUGGCGGCAGGGAUGGUCGAUGGCGAGAGCGUGGCCCGAGCGUCGGGCGAGGAUGGUGCUAUGCUUGAGGACAUGCUGCGGCUGGAGCUCGAUCACCAUGAGGGUGGGUUGUGGUUCGGGUGCUGGCCCGAGGUGUCCUUAAUCGGGCACGAGGCAGAGGGUAAUUGGUGUGUGUACUCUAGCGGGUACGAGGGUGGCGUUGUGGGGUACGAGGCCAUUGAUCACCAGCACCAUUGUUGUGUGGAGGGCUCCGUGGAGCAGGUGUGUAGCCCCUUGUGGGAAUGACAGAAGUUAAAAAGGCAACGCGUGUGUAAAUAGUCUUCUUCUCUACUUCUGGAGAAAACUGUAGAGUAAGUAGUUAGUGGAAGAAAGACGAGAAAAGGUGGAAAUCUAAGAAGACAGUGAAGAAGUUUGUUCUCCUGACCAUGGCAUGAAUGUUUAAGUAAUUACACACUGCUACAAUACCCGUUUCCUCUAUCGGGCCCAAAAAGUUAACGGUUUGAUAGUUUUUUCCCCGACGAAUUUGAACUCUGUUCCUAUAUGGAACCAGAACCAAGAAAUUCAUUGCAAA